ACUGACCCAUAUUCACAAGACACAGUAACCCACCUAUAGGACCAAGGCACUCAUUCUCCCUCCCUGCCUCCUGGCUUCCUCCGAGAGCCUUCCCCAUUGUGCUCAGGUCAAGGACCUCCUGAAUGGUUGCUUUCAGCGGGGAUGCUUCAUGCCGCACGGACCUAUAGGAUGCCGUGUUGCCUUGCCGCCAAUUCAAGGGAGGAAGAAAGAGAGGACUUGCCGUGUUGCCAUGGAAACAGCAGCACUUCUUCCUCUCUCUGAAGGUUCUAGAACUGCGGCUCUGCUUGUGAUUCAGGUGAUCAGAGCUGCAGGGUGGUGCUUUUGUGUCAGCAGCUAACAGCCAGCCCUUCCUCUGGCCCCAGGUCUCACCCCCGCUCUAUCCUCACACCCCCCCCCCCCAAUCCUCCCAAACCCCGCUACUGCACCCUCUGCCACCCCACCCUCGGACCCAAGACUAGCUGCCUUGCGCGGGAGCCGAAAGCGGCGGAUUUUCCUUCACCCGUCCUCCAUUUUGUUUUCGGCCCGGCCCUCGGCGCCGCCACAGCCGCCGCCAUGAUGACAUCAUCUCUGCGACGGCAGAUGAAGAACAUGGUGAACAACUACACGGAGGCGGAGGUCAAGGUUCGCGAGGCGACCUCCAACGACCCCUGGGAGCCUCCGGGCCCGCUGAUGGAGGAGAUCUCCGACCUGACCUUCAACGCCGUGGCCUUCCCGGAGGUGAUGGGCAUCAUCUGGAAGCGGCUGAACGACCACGGCAAGAACUGGCGGCACGUCUACAAGGCCCUGUCGCUGCUGGAGUACCUGAUCAAGACCGGGUCGGACCGCGUGGGGAAGCAGUGCCGGGAGAACGCGGUGGCCCUCCAGACCCUGCGCGACUUCCAGCACACGGACCGCGACGGGCGCGACCAGGGCGCCAUCGUGCGGGACAAGGCGCGGCAGGUGGUGGCGCUGCUGCGGGACGAGGAUAGGCUGAAGAGGGCGCGCUCGCAGUCGCUGAAGAGCCGGGAGCGCGCGGCCUGCUCUGCCUCGGCGGGGGAGUACGGAGACCUGCCCCCGCCCUACCCCGGCCGCCGCUCCAGCCAGCCCGCCAUGGGCACUGCGUACGGGGGAGAGAGAGCCAGGGGCUCCCCCUCCUUCAGCUCCUCCUUUUCCUCCCCUCGCUGUCUCUCUGAUCUGGAGGAGGCGCGCCCACAGACCAGCGGGGAGGAGGAGCUGCAGCUGCAGCUGGCGCUGGCCAUGAGCCAGGAGGAGAGCGGGAAGCCCAAAAAGGUAACCUUCCCCCCGCCUGUGGACUCGGAUGAGCGGACCCAACUUCAGAUGGCACUUAACCUGAGCCAAGAGGAGCCUGUCCAGUCGACUCCCCCCAUCCCCAGCAGCGUGGAGAUGGAUGAAGAUACCCAGCUUCAGCUGGCCCUGAGUCUGAGCAAAGCGGCACACCAAGAGGAGCAGCUCAGUCGUGCAGGAGAAGAGACGCUCCUGCGCAAAGCCCUGGAGGAGAGCAAGAGAGAGAUGGACGGAGGAGGAGAGGAGUCAGCCAUGAAGGAUCUGGCAGAUAUUUUUGGCCCUGGCGCUGCAGCGCCCCUGAGUGUUGACCCCUGGGACCAACCACCUCCCUGGGCCAAGCCUGCCAAUGUGGUGACCUCUGACCCCUGGGACUCUUUGGGGGAUCGCUCUACCACUCCUGUGAUUGACAACUCAUGGAUGGGUCAUCCAGCUGCUGGCAGCCCCCUGAAGCCAUGGGAUCCUAGUCAACCCCCUCCAGCCCCAUGGGACGCCCCAAGGAACAUCUCCACCACCAUCCACACAGGGUCUUCUGGAGUCGAUCCAUUCUGUACUGUGGCAAAGGAAUCUCAGACACCCCGGGACUCCCCCAGACGUACUCCUUCCCGUUCUGGAAGUCCCACAGAUGGGGACCUAUUUGGGGAACCAGGAAUGGGGGCACAGCUGAUUGGCCGUAAGCAAAGCAGCCCGGAGCCCUUUGACCUGUCCCGUCUCAGGGAGGGUCUGGCCGACCCCACCCCCCGAACCUCCCGGACCCCCGAGUCCUUCCUUGACCCAACCGUGGCCUCUCUGGUCAAUCUGGACAGCCUGAUACCCUACAACCCAACUGCCACAACCACCAACCCCUUCCUGACAGAACCGAGUGCUUCCGUAGCCCCCAACCCUUUCCAAAGUGAGCUGCCUCGUCUCACCUUGAACCAGAUGAGGCCAGAUUCUCCCUCUUCUCUCCCCAGCAGUUCCUCCCUCCCCCCGUCCUUCAGCCUCCAGCCCCCAAUCCUGCCCUCCUCCUUCACCCAUCCCCCUACCUUCCCACCAUCCCAGGGUCUGCUAGAUGUGCUUCCCAGCCUGCCCCAGCCCCUACUGCCCCUCUCUACAGUGCCCCCUUCUGGACAGCAAGGUGACCAGCAGGCUCAGAACCCUUUCUUGUGAGUCCCUGCUGCUAACUGGGUGGACACUAAGGACCCAGGAACUUACACAUAAGGUUGAAACCUCAAACCUUUGCCCUACCGUUGAAGAGACUAAAACAAUAUUUUAAACAUUUUUGAUGUGGGUGCUGAUCCCGGCCUUGCUGGUUCUGCGCCAUUCUAACCCGGACCGCAGAAAUGCUCCCAACGCAGGGUCCAACCCCCUCCUUUACAGCAGGGAGACAUGGGAGGUGGACGUUCUGGAACCUUCCAGGUCUCUGCUGCUGAGUUGCUGCUAGCACCGUGUCUUGUCUCUGUGAAUCCCUGGCCAUGAGCAGCCGUUCCAUACCCAUGAUGUCUUUCAACCAAUAAAAUGAACACAAUAUCAAGAGCCCAUAGCUGACCUACAAAAGACACAAACAUCCACACACACACAAACACAUACACACCCCACAACGUUGUGCCCAACAAGACUUAGCACACACAUAAUUUCCUUACACAGGCCUUCUGAUUUAGAGAUUUUGCAUUCCAGACCUACGUGGGCAUAUGUCCACCAAUCACAUGCAUUGCAGCUGACCACCUACACUCUAAUGGUCCAGUCCCAUCUCAUUCCAUGCCACUGACAGACCUGAGGGCUCUGUGGAAAAACCAUACAGACACAAGUCUGACCACCUCUCUCUACAUCAGCCACCAACACACAUUCAACCCAUGGUCUUGAGCCAGGACGACUGCUGUUGCACUGAGACCUGAAGGGCAAAAGAUGCUGAAAUAUAGGCUUUAAUAUUGUAGUUCUGCUGAAUGAACAAAACAAUAAUACUGAACUGAUUCAUACUAGAACUAUUAUGGAAAUCUAUAUAAAGUACGAUCAAAGCAUAGUCGUAUGAGAAUGUAUGAAAAUUAGUGUUUGUCGCCUGUCGAACACCAAUCUCUGACCGAAUGUAUACAUAUCCAUUUUUAAAAAAUUCAACCAAUAAAUAGUGUGUAUUUACAUACUUUCUUAUUAUUCCA